UGAAAAUCAGCGUGACGCUGGGUCUCUGUGCUAAUUGAAGAUUGUAAGGCGUGACACGUUUUUCUAGUGUGUCCGCCACUAGAGGUGUCUCGACGGCUUCAAUUUCUUCAGUUUUCCUCGGUCACUCUCACUGCUUGCUGGUGCGCACAGACAAAUUAUAGAAGCGCAACCAAAAACUGUCUGAAUGCGAGAAUGACACCGCCGCGUCGGGAAAAGCUGCGGCUUUUCCACCUGACCUCUCUUGGUCAGCUUCUUGGUCCUGAUUUACUGUUUUCUCACUGUCAUGGUCCGGGCGGUGUUUUAGCUGUCAGCCUCCGGAAAGCACUGUUGUCGUCGAAGCACAAUAGUAGCGAACCCCUCGGUCGGAGUAGAGCAGCAUCCUCCAAGAACACUGGAACUGCUCCUGCCCCCGCCGAGGCCGGACAGCAACGUCUCCGAAGCAGUGCCUCCGCAUUCGGGCCUGGCAAUUGCGUCUCGAUUACGCGGGACGAUGGGACUGGUACAUGCGGCAUCGAGACGAGAUGUGCGGCGGCAGCUGAUCUACGUGCGGUGGAGUUUGGGUUUGUCUGUGUGCAAGAACAUCAGCUCCCCAAGGACCACAGCAGCAUUGCUGGCGGCAAGCACGGCGGCCUUGCUAAAGAAGCGGCAGCUUCUUUAAAGGCCAAGACUAGGUUUCACUCUUUCGGGCGCGGGACCUUUCAACACCUGGAAACGUGGACCAGUAGGGUUGGGCCGUGCCAGGCUUGUCUUGCCCCACCUGCCGAAGAAGGUACUACGCGUGGCCAGGCGCCGGCGGCGAGAAUUGAUGUGCCGGUAAGUUUUACUAUUGGGGCGCUUUUAGGCACGAAGGCGUUUGAAGAGAAAACUUUUCCUGUCGCACAUACUUCGCUAGUAGAUCGGCAACGCUUACACUCCGCCCUUCCGCCGACAGAAGCGCGACUGGUUCAUAAUGAGAUCAGGAAAUGCAUGCCAGCCUUGAAUGCGGCACAAAAUUGAGUACUUGAGAUCAACACGUCGUGGAGGUAUUUCCACGAUCCAGAGCUGAAAAAAGAUCCGUGAAACUGGAUGGCGCCAGGAAAGUUUCUGUCUUGCAAAAUGUGCUGUACUUUGAAAAGGUCCAAAGAUCCUCGGCGAGAUCUGGUGUGCUUUCAGCAGAAAUAUGAAAGCUUUCUCUGACACUGCGCUCGAAGAUAUUGUGAAUUCUAUCCACUACAUUUCUUUCCUAUUGUUCUUUCAGGGAGCUAUAAGAUUCUCGUCUCAAAAACAUCAUUUGUCUAGCACAAGCAUCUUCGACAUUUUUCCUCGAGUUUGGUUUUAACCCACGACCAGCAAAAUGACCGACGGAAAGGAGCAUUUGUCCAUCGUGAUCUGCGGUCACGUCGAUUCCGGUAAGUCGACCACCACUGGUCACUUGCUCUUCGAGUUGGGUGGUAUUCCGGAGCGUGAAUUGGAGAAGCUGAAAGCCGAGGCUGACCGUUUGGGAAAGUCUUCCUUUGCUUUCGCUUUCUACAUGGACCGCCAGAAGGAAGAGCGCGAGCGUGGUGUCACCAUCUCCGUCACCACCAAGGAAUUCUUCACGGAAAAGUGGCACUACACCAUCAUCGACGCCCCGGGUCACCGCGAUUUCAUCAAGAACAUGAUUACCGGCGCCUCCCAGGCCGAUGUCGCUAUGAUCAUGGUUCCGGCUGAUGGUAUGUAUGUUUGAUGUUUCGCGCACAUUUCUCAGGCAGAAGAAAACAAAUAUCUCCUUGAGUUUCGCAUGGGAACAAAUUCAUCGUCAACGCACAUGGUUCAACAGGUAACUUCACCACCGCUAUCCAGCGUGGUAACCACAAGGCUGGUGAGAUUCAGGGCCAGACCCGUCAGCACUCCCGUUUGAUCAACUUGUUGGGCGUCAAGCAGAUCAUCAUUGGUAUCAACAAGAUGGACUGCGACACCGCUGGUUACAAGCAGGCCCGCUAUGACGAAAUUGCCAACGAAAUGCGUAACAUGUUGGGCAAGGUCGGUUGGAAGAAGGACUUCGUCGAGAGCGGCGUUCCGUUCAUGCCGAUCUCCGGUUGGUGUGGUGACAACUUGGUGAAGAAGACCACCAACAUGGCCUGGUGGAAGGGUGCCGACGUCAAGGUCGGAUCUGAAACCAUUCACGUCGACACCUUGUACGACUGCUUGAACAACAUGUGCCGCGUCCCGGAACGUCCGAUCGAUGCUCCGAUGCGCCUUCCGAUCUCCGGUAUCUACAAGAUUAAGGGUGUCGGUGAUGUGCUCGCGGGACGCGUGGAGCAGGGUAUCGUCAAGCCGAACGAGGAAGUCAUCUUCUUGCCGACCCACACCGCCGCCAACGCGUGCGCCGGAAAGGUGUUCCAGAUCGAGAUGCACCACAAGGCUGUGCCGGAGGCCAAGCCGGGUGACAACGUUGGUAUGAACGUGAAGAACUUGGACAAGCAGAACAUGCCGCGUGGUGGUGAUGUCAUGAUCUACAAGAAGGACACCACUCUCUCCGCCGUCAAGGCCUUCGACGCUCAGAUCCAGGUGCUGCUGGAAACGUUUGUCUCAUAUGCUUCAUUUGUACAUAUGGGGAACCCUGUCUUGAUGAUGAUAUAUUUUGAUUAAAAGCAUCCACGUCAAUGAGAUUACAGACGAGUAUAAACAAAUUUGAAUAACAGGUGUUGGACAUCCCGAAUGAGAUCAAGGUCGGCUACUCCCCUAUCGGUUUCGUCCGCUGCGGUCGCGCCGCCUGCCGUAUCUCCGCUUUGAAGUGGAAGAUGGGCAAGGAGACCGGUGGUAAGAAGAUGGAGGAGCCGCACUCCCUGAAGUCCAACGAAAUGGCACAGGUCACCUUCGAGCCGCAGCAGCCGCUGGUUGCCGACUCCUUCAAGAACUGCGAGGGUCUGUCCCGCGUCGCGUUUAUGGAUGGCAACGGUGUGGUCAUGUUGGGAAAGGUGGUUUCCGUGGAGGCGAAGGUCUUCGAGGCCAAGAAGAAGUAAGUAAUUGGGCACGUCGUGCAGGAACAACCGAAUUAUAACGAACUUACUACGUGGACGUGGUGCUCGUGUUCGGAGCAUUACCCUCUCCGCCGCCGAAUCAAACUGGACUUGUUCCCAUGAGUCCCGGGCUUUCGGUGAAGGAGCCACGUGAUGAAAAGAUAAAUUCCGAGAAUCCGAAGAUGACAGAACUGUCACACUGCUUUAUUUCUGUUCCAUGGAACAAGUAACCGAGGAAUUAUGAUGUUCUAUGUCUGGGUCCGGCGGACGCGGCUAUAGAACACGUGCUGACAGAUUGAUUUUCUUGAUUAUGAUUAAGAGACUGAGACACUUCGAGAAUCAGAUAUUCGCUGGACGAGCCUCUGCAACGCGGAAAAGUCGCAGUGCACUGUAGGGAAAUUACGUAGUGUUCACUGUUGGACGUCACGAAUGCACCAAAAGUGUCAUUUUCACAACUUUAGCGUAAACAAUCAGAUCUGCUUCUGAAAGUUAAGGUUAGAGUCCAUGAGUUCGCAUCUGCCAGUUUGGAGCCGCGGUUUAGUGAACCGGUUUCGUGAUGUUCUUUGCUAAAGUGUGUCUUUUUCUGUACAUCACCUGAGAGGCAGGUGCUCUGUCGCCGUGUGCAUUAAGUUGUAUGUAAGUACUAACCCGUCCCUCGCGUCGACAGGAGAUAUUUCAACAAUCCAGGUACGGAGCAAGAAGGAGCGAACAACCCCAAUUGGAAGCGAAAAGCACGAUCGAAGCAGCCCGGCUGGAAAAGACGCAAGGAGUCCCGAGGCUACAACGCUGCUACAGGACAUUGAGAAAUCUUUAGAAAGAUUGGGCAGCCGCGUUGCAAAGUUGGAGAGCGACGCUCAUGCCGGCGCGUCUUUCGGGACUAAGGGGGAAAACGGAGAGCCCUCGCUUGCAGAAAUUGUACAGAAACAGUUCAACGAUUAUUCUCCCUUCGACGAGGAGCUCUUCGCUACGAAAGAGCAGACCUCCAACGCUUCUCCGGACAAGUUUGGCGUUUCUCCCAGUACCUAUGCGUUACUGCAAGAUCAACAGAUCCACAACGGCAGCGCGAGCAGUGGCGGGGUGAAAGCAGCGAGGGAUAGCGGGGCGAAUGCAGCAAGAUCUGUUUACCGUGGGGGAUCGAUCAUUUCACCUGCAGUUGGCAGCACCGAAUCCUCGACCGUCGCGCAGGUGCGUCAAGGACUGGCCGAGGAGCGACAACGUGUAGCGCUUUUGGAAACGGCUAUGAAUGACGUAUCGGAAUACUAAUGAUACCGUGCUCUGAUAUAAUUACUGGAAGCAAAUAA